UAUAUAUAAAAGUGGGGAAGGUGGUAAAAGUAGUUUUUGGAUCGCGAGGUCUUAAAAAUGACGUAUCUCAUCUAUCUUAGAAUGCCUCUCCAUUACUGAAGGUCGGCGGUCAGCUUUCUAAACUUUUUCUUGUCCAUGGCUAGGCGGAAAAGUUCUUCGACGGUCUUUAUGCCAGUCCACUCCCUUAUAUUUCGUAGCCAGGAUUUCUUUCUUCUUCCUACACCUCUUUUGCCUGCAAUCUUGCCCAUCAUGAUGGUUUGAAGCAAACGGUAUCUUUCGUGUCGCAAAAUAUGCCCUAGAUACGAUAUCUUCCGCUGCUUAAGCAGCAACACGUAUCUCAUAGGCUUUUAUUAUUAUUUAAGCUAUGCCGCAGCAGGAGCGAAUAAUCGGUGGGUCCACUACCACCAUUCAGACGUACCCCUUCGCUUGCUCGCUGCAAGUAGCUCAUGGUGCAGGCUGGCGCCAUAACUGUGGCUGCACCAUCAUGAACAACAGAGCUGUUAUGUCUGCGGCACAUUGCUGGCCUCGCACAGCCGCCGCAAGAAAUUACCUCAUCCGUGUUGGUUCGACCACUAAGAGCAGCGGUGGUUCCCAUAUAAUCGUCCAACAGAUGAUUGGUCACGCACACUACAAUACAAGGAACCACGACAACGACAUUGGUGUCAUCAGGACCAACGCCAUCCCCAUAGGCUCUGCAUCGGUCCGCGCGGGGAACAUCGCUGGAGCAAACCACAACCCCCCUGACAACGCCAACGUCAUUGCUAUCGGAUGGGGCUUCACUACCCCAACUGGAUCUCCGUCAGAACACCUCCGUCACGUUCAACUCAGGGUUGUCAACCAUAACCAAUGCAGGAAUAUCUACGGUGGUAGCACCAUCACCGCCAACAUGCUGUGCGCGAUGUGGCCAGGUGGUGGCAGAGGAUCUUGCUUCGGAGACUCUGGAACUGGUCUCAUGCACAACAACGUGGUGACCGGUGUCACCAGCUUCGGAGCUGAAUGUGCAUCAGCUCGCUGGCCAGGAGUAUACGCCAGGGUAUCUAGAUACACCGCCUGGCUCCGCCAACAUGCUUAAACACGAUGAAUUUGCUACAUUUCCUGACUUUAUUUUGAUAGUUAUCGUACUUUGUUACCGAAAAUAAAGAUAUUUGAA